AUGUCGAAAGUAAAAACACCGAAAUCUGGAAAGCAGCAGGGACCGAAAAUCACAAGUCGAUGUUUCAAUUGUUCUCGGACUAUUCUUCUUCGAAAUGCGUCUUCCUCAUCAUCCACUAGUGAGCAACAAUUCGAUCUAGUUGUUAUCGGAUCUGGGCCUGGUGGAUAUGUAGCAGCUAUAAAAGCUGCUCAGCUUGGCCUUAAAACAGCAUGUGUUGAAAAGAACGCUACAUACGGUGGAACAUGUCUUAAUGUUGGAUGUAUACCUUCGAAAGCCAUGUUACACAAUUCUCAUCUAUAUCAUAUGGCACAACAUGGUGAAUUGAAGAAAAGAGGAAUUGAAUUUCAAAAUGUUUCGCUUAAUUUACCUGUCUUUUUGAAGCAAAAAGAUGAUGCUGUAAAAGGUCUCACUAGUGGCGUUGCUUACCUAUUUAAAUCGAACAAGGUAACUGGCGUUCGUGGUCAUGGAUCUAUUAGUGGAGCUGGUGAAGUAACUGUCAAGAAAGAAGAUGGAUCAAGUGAAACUCUGAAAACUAAAAACAUCCUCAUUGCUGUUGGCUCUGAAGUAACACCAUUUCCGGGUAUUACUAUCGACGAGGAAUCAAUUGUCUCGUCGACGGGUGCACUUUCACUUAAACAAGUGCCUAAAAAGAUGGUAUUGAUCGGUGCUGGUGUUAUUGGACUUGAACUAGGUUCUGUAUGGAGUCGUUUAGGUGCAGAUGUGACAUGUGUAGAAUUUCUGUCCAAUAUCGGCGGUGUUGGUAUUGAUAUGGAAGUUAGUAAAGCAUUUCAAAAGAUUCUCACAAAACAAGGCCUCAAAUUUAAACUUGAUACAAAAGUCACUGGUGCAGAAAAGUCUGGUGAUAGUAUUCGUGUCAAUGUCGAAGGCGCCAAAGGUGGUAAUGGUGAAACGCUCGAUUGCGACACUUUACUUGUCUGCAUUGGUCGUCGACCGUAUACCAAAGAACUCGGCCUUGAUAGUGUUGGAAUUCAACUAGACAAACGCGGUCGGAUUGAAGUCGAUAAAAAUUUUCAAACAGCUUGCAAAGGUAUCUAUGCCAUUGGUGACUGUAUCCAAGGACCUAUGUUAGCACACAAAGCAGAAGAUGAAGGCAUUAUCUGUGUCGAAAGUAUUGCCACCGGCCACGAACCACACAUAGAUUAUAAUUGUGUUCCAAGUGUCAUCUAUACAUAUCCUGAAGUAUCAUGGAUUGGCAAAUCUGAGGAGCAACUAAAACAAGAAGGUAUCAAAUAUAAGGUCGGCAGAUUUCCAAUGGCAGCAAAUAGCCGUGCGAAAACAAUAAAUGAAGCUGAAGGUUUUGUUAAAGUACUAUCCGAUGCUAAAACUGAUCGAAUACUUGGAGUACACAUGAUCAACUCAGUUGCCGGUGAAUUAAUCAACGAAGCAGCAUUAGCUAUGGAAUACGGAGCAUCAUGUGAAGAUGUCGCACGUGUUUGUCACGCCCAUCCAACAUGGUCAGAAUCAUUAAAGGAAGCUAAUCUUCAAGCUUAUUUUGGCAAAGCGAUUAACUUUACAUAA